UUACUGCUACGAGGCAAAAAAUUUUUGGCAAAAGGCUUUAUGUUCACACAUUUACACAAAUAUUGCAAACCAUCCCCAAGUCCAUACCAGAUACUGCUUAAACUCCUUGCUCUGACUUUCUAGUCAAUAAAAAUCCCACCUAUUUCAAAUAACCUGGAAACUUUCUUAGGCCUGACUUGUGAGGAAGGGUUUCGAAUUGCAUUAUAUAAUUAUGAUAUUCAUUCGGGGUUUCUAAUGCAUACUGAUAUGCCUCGAAUUAAUUUUCUGGAUACUAGUAUAUGCAUGUGAGUCUGUCCAACAUCGAUGAUCGGAUGCAAGGAAAUGAUAACAUGGUACAGAAUCUCAUAAUGUCAAGCACAACAAUUACCUUGAUCUUUUUGCUUCUCAAUAUUUCCUGGUUUCCAGUCAGUUCUUCUUUGAACCAAGAAGGACUUUCUCUACUGUCUUGGUUUUCCACUUUUAACACUUCACCUUCUGCAAGUUUCUUCUCUUCAUGGGAUUCAACAAGUCAAAAUCCAUGUAAAUGGGAUUUCAUCUUAUGUUCUAGCAGUGGCCUUGUUUCAGAAAUCGAAAUUACUUCUGUUAAUCUUUCCACCAACUUCCCCACUCAAUUCUUAUCGUUCAAGUUUCUUACCAGCCUUGUCCUUUCAAAUGGAAACCUCACUGGAGAAAUACCCUCAUCCAUCGGAAAGUUGUCUUCCCUGAUGUUCCUGGACCUCAGUUUUAAUGCUCUAACCGGUAGAAUACCACCUGAAAUUGGAAGCUUGAAGGAGCUGCAACAUCUGAUAUUGAAUUCAAAUUCCCUUAUAGGUGAAAUACCUAAAAAUAUUGGGAACUGCUCAGAGCUUCGACAACUGGAAUUGUUUGAUAAUCAGCUUUCUGGGGAAAUCCCUAAAUCAGUAGCUCAAUUGUCCUAUUUGGAAAUUUUUCGAGCUGGUGGAAACUCAGGAAUAAAUGGAGAGAUCCCUCUGGAGAUUUCAAACUGCAGACAGUUAACGUUCCUCGGGCUUGCUGAUACUGGAAUCUCUGGAGAGAUUCCUUACACUUUGGGAGAACUAAAGAAUCUCAGGACUAUAUCACUUUAUACAGCAAAUCUCACUGGCAAGAUCCCACCAGAAAUUGCUAAUUGCUCUGCUCUGGAAAAUUUGUUUCUUUAUCAAAACCAGAUUUCAGGGGAAAUUCCAACUGAGCUAGGAUUACUCAAAAAUCUCAGAAGGGUAUUAUUGUGGAAGAACAAUUUAAGUGGACCCAUUCCAGCAACUCUUGGAAACUGCUCAGAACUAACAGUAAUUGAUUUCUCCAUUAAUUCUCUAACUGGCGAGCUUCCUCAGUUCCAUGCAAGUUUAUAUGCACUGGAGGAGCUUCUUUUGUCCGAGAACCAAAUUUCUGGCCACAUUCCACCUGCUUUUGGCAACUUCUCUGGAUUGAAGCAUAUAGAGUUGGAUAACAAUAACAUUUCGGGCGAGAUUCCACCUGAAAUUGGUAAUUUAAAGGAUAUUAUUACGUUCUUUGCCUGGAAGAAUCAGCUCAAUGGAAUCAUACCUACCGAGUUGGGAAAUUGUGUAAAACUUCAAGCAUUGGAUCUUUCGCACAAUUUCCUGACCGGGUCCAUUCCAAAAUCUCUCUUCAAUAUCAAUAACUUAACGAAAUUGUUGUUGAUAUCCAACAAGCUUUCUGGCAGGCUUCCAGCUGAUAUUGGCAACUGCACCAGCUUGGCCCGUUUGCGUCUGGGAUCAAACAUGUUAGAUGGUCAAAUUCCCACUGAAAUUGGGCUUUUGCAGAAUUUACGUUAUCUUGAAUUGUCACAAAAUCAGUUUACAGGAUAUAUUCCGCCACAAAUUGGUAACUGCUUGCAGCUAGAAAUGGUUGAUUUACAUGAGAAUAAGCUAGAAGGUGAGAUUCCUGAUUCCCUGGGCUCUCUUGCAAUGCUUAAUGUUUUAGAUCUUUCGAUGAACAGAUUAUCAGGCAGAACUCCAAAUAAUCUGGGAAAGCUCGCCUCGUUGAACAAACUUGUAUUAAGUGGAAACCGCAUUACUGGUGUGAUUCCCAAGUCACUUGGACUCUGCAAGGAUUUGCAGCUGUUGGAUAUGAGCUGCAAUAGGCUGACUGGCUCAAUACCUGAUGAGAUUGGUCACUUGCAAGCCUUAGAUAUCUUGUGUAAUCUGAGUUGGAAUUCUCUAACAGGACAAGUCCCUGACAGCUUCUCAAAUUUAUCCAAGCUUGCAAACUUGGAUCUCUCUCACAACAUGUUAACAGGAAGCUUGAGAGCACUAGGGAACCUCGACACUCUUGUAUCUCUGAAUGUUUCAUUCAACGAUUUCUCAGGCUCCAUUCCUGACACCAAGUUCUUCCAGGGUCUUCCUGACACUGUUUUCCUCAACAACCAAAGGCUCUGCACCAACAGAAACAGUUGUUUUACAAGCGAAAGACACCACACAAGAAAUUCUACAAAAAUUCAGAUCCUCAUUAUUUUACUUGGUGUACUUAUCGCGAUGACCAUCUUCACUACUGUAGUAAUUUUAUUCAUUAGAGCUCAUGGAGCCAAGAUGAUUGAUAAAGAAAGUGGGAUAGAGUGGAAUCUUACCCCAUACCAAAAGCUAAGCUUCAGUCUGAAUGAUAUCAUAGGAAAGCUCUCAGAGUCUAAUAUUGUGGGAAAGGGGGGUUCAGGAAUAGUUUAUCGAGUUGAUACUCCAAUGCAACAGUCUAUUGCAGUAAAAAAAUUAAGGCCAGAAAAGAACGGUGAACAUAGCCAGAGAGACUUGUUUUCUGCAGAAGUUACAACACUGGGAUCAAUUAGGCAUAAGAAUAUAGUAAGGCUUCUGGGAAGUUGCAGCAAUGGAAAAACUAAUUUGUUAUUAUUCGAUUACAUAAGUAAUGGAAGUUUGGCCGGGUUACUCCAUGAGAGCAGAAUACACUUAGACUGGGAUGCAAGGUAUCAAAUCAUACUAGGAGCUGCUUCAGGUUUAGCUUACCUUCACCAUGAUUGUUUUCCGCCUAUUAUCCAUCGUGAUAUCAAGACCAAUAACAUCUUGGUAGGACCACAGUUUGAAGCUUUUCUUGCUGAUUUUGGACUAGCAAAGCUUGUAUCUUCUACAGACUGCUCAUUAGCUUCCAAUGCCAUUGCAGGCUCAUAUGGGUACAUAGCUCCAGAAUAUGGGUACAGUAUGAGAAUUUCAGAAAAGAGUGAUGUCUACAGUUAUGGAGUUGUGCUACUAGAAGUCCUAACAGGGAUGGAACCUAUGGAUCGACGGAUUCCAGAAGGUGGCCACAUUGUUAGUUGGGUAAACCAAGAGCUGAGACUGAAGCAGAGGGAAUUCAACUCAAUUCUUGAUCAAGAAUUACUUUUGCAGUCUGGCACACAGAUCCAGGAGAUGCUUCAAGUACUUGGAGUGGCACUUUUAUGUGUUAAUCCAUGCCCGGAAGAACGACCCACAAUGAAAGAUGUUACAAUAAUGCUCAAAGAACUGAGGGAAGAAACUGGUGAUUAUGUUAAAUAAAAUGUACAUAGUGAAGGAUCAGCAUCAACACACUGUUCUAAGUUAUCUAGAUCAUGUCAAACUCUAAUGAGAUCACUUCUCAUUAAUAAUAA